CUGCUGAUCACUUACAAUCUGACAACCCUUCCAAUUCUCCUCAGAGCAACCCCUCUCUCCACAGAAGACCAGAAGUAACCUCUUACAUUCGGAUCAUCAGGCUCUGAUAAACUGGAUUUAUACCCAGCUUGCAGGAUCAGAUUACCCCUUAGACGUAGUCUGCAGACCCCUGUUGAAAACCACUGCUUCAAAGAACACACAGAAAUCGGCAGCAUGAGGGAGGAUGUGUUCAGCUGAUAUGACUACAGGAUAAGAAAAUAUCUGAGACAAGAGUGAGUAUGACCCAAACGAAAAUGUGGUUGGAAUCUGGACACAUCUUUGCAUCUUGAUCUUGUUGAACUGUAGCAUAACAAAAAAAUUCAGACUUAAUGAUGGAGACAAAUUGGAUCAUUCAUUUGCUGCUCCUCUUGUCAGUUACCAUGUUUUUUGCCAUUGCGAUACCAAAUGAGAAGAAUCAGAAUGUGACAGAAGACUCCACUCAGCUGAGUGUGACUAGGAAUAAAAUUAUGACAGCACAGUAUGAAUGCUAUCAGAAAAUUACGCAAGAUCCUAUUCAUAGUAAAGAAGGUCCUUACUGUAAUAGAACAUGGGAUGGUUGGUUGUGUUGGAAUGAUGUUGCAGCAGGAACCGUAUCAGUACAACGCUGUCCUGACUACUUUCAGGACUUUAACCCAUCAGAAAAAGUGACAAAGAUUUGUGAUCAAAAUGGAAACUGGUUUAGACAUCCCGAAAGCAACAGAACGUGGACAAACUACACCCAGUGUAAUCUCCGUACACAUGAAAAAGUAAAGACAGCCCUGAAUUUGUAUUAUCUGGCCAUCAUCGGGCAUGGUCUUUCAAUUGCAUCACUUUUGAUUUCUCUUGGCAUAUUCUUUUAUUUUAAGAGCUUGAGUUGCCAAAGGAUCACCCUACAUAAAAAUCUGUUUUUCUCUUUUGUUUGCAACUCCAUCGUUACAAUAAUUUGGCUGGCGGCAGUUGCCAACAACCAGCAGUUAGUUGCAACUAAUCCAGUUAGUUGCAAAGUAUAUCAGUUCAUUUACCUGUAUUUAAUGGGUUGCAAUUACUUCUGGAUGCUCUGUGAAGGCAUUUACCUGCAUACUCUCAUUGUGGUGGCUGUCUUUGCAGAGAAACAACACCUGAUGUGGUAUUAUCUUCUCGGCUGGGGAUUCCCGUUGAUCCCUGCCUGCAUACACGCUAUAGCGAGAAGUCUGUAUUUCAAUGACAACUGCUGGAUCAGUUCUGAAACUCAUCUGCUGUACAUUAUCCAUGGUCCUAUUUGUGCUGCUUUAGUGGUGAAUCUUUUUUUCCUGUUGAAUAUUGUUCGAGUUCUCAUAACCAAGCUCAAAGUCACACACCAGGCAGAAUCCAGUCUAUACAUGAAAGCUGUGAGAGCUACACUCAUUCUAGUGCCACUUCUUGGCAUUGAAUUUGUGCUGUUUCCAUGGCGACCAGAAGGCCGUAUUGCUGAAGAAGUAUAUGACUACGUGAUGCAUAUCCUUAUGCAUUAUCAGGGUCUGUUGGUGGCUACAAUUUUCUGCUUUUUUAAUGGAGAGGUCCAAGCUGUUUUGAGAAGGCACUGGAAUCAGUACAAAAUCCAAUUUGAGCACAGCUUCAGCCACUCAGAUGCUAUGCGCACAGCUUCCUACACGGUAUCAUCCAUCAGUGAUGUUCAGGGCUACAGCUUCAAUCACGAUUUCACGAGUGAACAUUUAAAUGGGAAAAGCUACCAUGACAUGGAGAAUAUUGUUUUAAAAUCUGAAAAGCUGUAUGGUUGACUGCAGAAAUGCUGUAUUGCCCACAUUCUAGUCCUCAUAGCUCAUGAACUUGAAGUUUGAGUUAAUGACUUUGUGGCCAGAAGAUUUUUACCUCACUUGGGACAUGUUUUUCCUGAAUGAUGCAAACUUAAGACAAUGUAUUUCUCAUGCGUAUAUACAUAUGCACAUAUGUGUGGGUGUAUAUGGUAUGCACACAUAUAUGUUCAUAUAUAGAUAUAAGUACAUAUAUAAAGAAUCAGACUUUGCCUCUUCCGUUUCUACUGUGUAGACCAAGUUGGCAAUUAUUUUGUAUGCAGGGAAUCAAUGAAGGAUUUCUUAUUCUCUUGAAAGUUUGUGUAAAGACUGUAUUGUAUUGAAAACCAUAUCAUUUGCCUGCGAGAACUCAUCUUGUAAAUACUGUCUUAAUCAUAAUAUAUUUGCUAAAUUCAUCCAGUACGCAACCUAAAUAAGUGGUUAAGAUUGAACUCUGUCAGGAAAGACAGAUUGUUGAAGAUAAUCAAGUCUGAGAUGUUGAUAUGUAUCUAGCUCAUUUUUUGCCACUAUUUUAAACCAGGCAUAUUGUAAAGGCACCCAGAUGCUAAUGCCCGAAAUCUGAGGCAUGAAACCCCCACUGCUUCUAUUCUUCAAUGUUACAUUUUACAAGAUGUUUGUAAUUAUUUUAGUGGACAGACAGCCUGAUCCUGCUACAAAUGAAGCAAAUGGAAGUUUCUUAUUGACUUUAAUGGGAGCAGGACCAGUGAGGUCCUGAUCUGGAAAAGCUGAUAAGCCCAUCUUUAUCUUUGACUUUGAUGGAACUUAAACUAGUGCUUAAGCUGUUUGUAGAAGUCGGGCAGGAUUGCUGACUUGGAGCAAGAUUGCAUACGUGUAAAGAAAAAUAUUUUCCUUGCCACAUGCCUGAUACCUGACUCCUUAGUUUAUGAAUCAGGCAAAACGAACCCCAUUGAUACAGUGGGAGUUUUGUCUGAGAAAGGCAUGCAAGAUUGGAUGGCAUGCCAAUAAAUAUGAUCUCAGAGCCAGCUUCUUUGGCCUAGCCUAGAGUAAUAAGAAAAGAUGGUUUGGGGCAUUUUCCAGUGGUUUUUGGAAAACUUACCAAGUCUAUCUUAUGAAAAUCUUUUGGAGCCUUUCUGAAGUGCCUUGUUUGGGAAAUUCAGUAUUAUUUUGUGGUGACUGAUUGUAUAAGGCUUGAAUCUGUUAAGGUCUUAAGAAAAAUAUGUCUGUAAAGACAGCAUUUUCUGUGUAUUUUUAAAUGUUUUAUGCUUUAAAGAAAUCGUGUAUUUUCAAUACAAAGGAAGAAAAAUCAAAAGGGGGCACAUGAUAAAAAAGUCUUAUUCAAAAGUCUUUUUUUAAAGCUGAAUAAAGUGAAAUAAACAGAAAUGGAUGAAAAAUCUAGUACUGUGCAUGGUAGAAUAUUGCCAUGCAAAUGUAUUUCUGAUUUAUUAAAGCCAACACCAGAGGAUUAAAACAUACUUUCUCAGAACACCUCAGUUUUAAAAGCUUAUUGUUGAAUAUGAAUAAUUCAGUUUUGGCCUUUAAGGGUGAUAUGUCAUUAGUCUUCUAACAGACUUCAAUAGACAGCUGAUUAGCCAGCCAUCGUAGGGCUUAUCAGCUUGAGAUUUCAUAAGAAUGUGAAUAGUUUUUAUCUUCAUCACAGCUGUUUGCAACUUUAUGUAUAUGUUUAAACCUUCUAUUGGCUGGUGAUUGAAUUUAGAUUGAAUUCUAUUGGCUGGUGAGUUAAAUUCUAGAGGCCUAAUGUUCCCAUUAGAUGAUGCAACUCUAUUGAUUUUACUGGGGUUUUUACCUCCUAGUGGAAGGGAGUAUUGGCUGCUCAUAGCUCCAUUAAGGAGCUGUGGAUUGGGAAGGUAGGGGGUUAGAAUGAGGUCCACAGCUUCUGGUACAAGAGCCAUCCUAACAGCUCACGGUGACAGGCCCAAGGUAGUGCCAUGUACACUCUUAGAAAAGAAACAGGAUGCAGCCCCAGCAAGGGGAGGUAAGAAAAAAUCCUAUGUGGCCACGGUGUGCCAAAUGGCGUUAGAGCUACAUUUUGUCCCUAAACAUGAGGUAGACCUUCUUGCCUAUGGCUGUUGUAUUAGAGAAUAAGUUCCCUACACCCUCUUCUUACAACACCCCUCUCACAUACACAGGCAAUCAAGAACAUGGUCUAAAUUCUCCUUUAUCAGAAUAAAUUUGAAUUAAAUCCUUACGCUGAUUUCACACAGGGUCUUUUUUAUAUAUACUUUGUACUGUGUUUGGAGCAAACACUGGUGUAGUUACUAUCUGUGCUCUGAAGGAAUAUAGACAGUUAUGGGGUCUUUUUUAAGAGUUCUUUUUACCAGGCCAGCAUUUCUUAGUAACUGUAGUUUGCUGUUAGUAUGUUAUUCGGUGAGGAUUUGAAGUCUCAAAGAGGGUUGGGGGAAUACCUGUCUUGUUUAGGAUCUAAUUUUGUAUUUGGUAUCUGUAAUACUAAGAUGUUAGUUUUAUAUGUUUAUGGAUAUUACUUCAAAUGAGAGAGAGAGUGUCUAUUUUUAUGCUACUGCUGUCAGUUAAUAAAAUGCCACAAAGAAGUUAGGUGAUGCUCACUGCUGGCUGCUCAGUUGAUUCCAUUUUUUAAAAUGUUAAUUUACUAAUUGUUUUGUCAUUCAUUAUUUUUCAAGGUAAUGAUCUGCUAGAGUAUUUGGCUGAACACAUGCUAAAGCACAUCCUCCUAUGUUACCAUUUCAUGUCCUAAAAGGGUUAUGCUAGAAAUCAGGCAACAUUCAAACUAUUGUACAAUGUAAAUAAGAUUAAUGGACUAUAGCAGUGUAUUUAUUGCUUAUCAAGUAAGAACGAAAUGAAAAAAUGUGAAAUUAUUUUUGGUCUUAUUUUCACUCUGUUCCUAUGAAACAUUCAUUUUAAUUGUUGACAAAGUAUUAAUUUUCCGAUCAAUAAAACAUUAUUAUGCCUA